UCAGGUGGCUUUAGGAACUUUCAUGCUCGAGAAGUAGAUGAUAAAGGUCUAAUUACAAUCGCAGAUUCAUAUCAUAAAUUAGAAUAUUUAAAUAUCACCUAUCGCACAGAGAUUACUGAACAUUCAAUUUGUGGUAUUAUUCGUUCCUCUCCAAAGCUUCGACAUCUUGACAUUUCCUUUUGUAAAAUUACUGAUAAAAUUAUCGAAGAGAUUGCUAGCAAAUUUCUUAAUUUAAAAUAUCUUAAUCUGGAAGG